AUGUUGGAGGGGAAGGCGCGGGUGGAGGACACGGACAUGCCGGCGCGGAUGCAGGCCGCGGCGACCACGGCGGCCUCCCGCGCGCUCGACCUCUUCGACGUCGCCGACUGCCGCGGCAUCGCCGGCCACAUCAAGACGGCACGCCCUCUCUGGCUCUCUGGCCGUUCUCGUGAGUUCGACAAGCGGUACGGCGUGGGGUGGCAGUGCGUGGUGGGCGCCAACUUCGGGUGCUUCUUCACCCACACCAGCGGCACCUUCAUCUACUUCUCCCUCGAGCGCCUCUCCUUCCUCCUCUUCAAGGCUGCCGCCGCCGCCUCCUCCUAA